AAAAAACCUACAGCACGAUUUGCACGUCGCCCGCCCGUCUCGAGAUGAAAAAAUGACGGUCUCGACCACGAUCUGAGUCCAGUUUCUAUCACAAUCAAGAAACCAAUAAAGAAAAUGCUUUUCAAGCAACGACAAUACCCACCACCAAGAAAUCAACUGCUUGUGAACAAUUCAGUUUUCCAUUUCCCCUUGCAUUUUUGUGCUUCUUCUGCUGCUGCUCUAAGAAAGAGAAGGAAGUAGAGAACUAUUGAGUUCUUUUUUUUUUCUGUUUUCAGAUUUGCUAAUGCUCAGUAGUUGCAUUUCUUUGCUUCCCAAUAGAUGAUUGAUUUCCUUGGCUUUUUCUCUGCAACCAACAGAGUUUAGUUUUUUUAUUUUUCAGAAUUUGGGUUCUCACUUUCUCUCUCUUUUCCCUUGGUUUUUGAUGUGACUGACUGUAAGAAAAAGACUUGGGAAGUGAAGAUGUCUAGGGUUUUUGUGGUUGAAGUAAUGGGGAUCUUGUGGUUAUGGGUGUGGAUAGCAAUGGUAGAAGCUGAGCAUGUGAAAUACAAGGACCCAAAACAACCGGUGGGGGCUCGAGUUAAGGACCUAAUGAGUAGAAUGACUCUGGAAGAAAAAAUUGCUCAAAUGGUACAAAUUGACAGAUUGAUUGCAACUCCUGCGAUUAUGAAGACCUACUCCAUUGGUAGCGUGCUGAGUGGUGGUGGAAGUGCACCACUUCCUGAGGCUAGUGCUGAGGAUUGGGUUAAUAUGAUAAAUGAGUUUCAAAAUGGGUCUUUGUCAAACCGUUUGGGCAUUCCAAUGAUUUACGGCAUUGAUGCUGUUCAUGGACAUAACAAUGUCUACAAUGCUACAAUAUUUCCCCACAAUAUAGGGCUUGGAGCUACCAGGGAUCCGGACCUGGUGAAGAGGAUUGGCAGUGCAACUGCUCUUGAAGUUAGAGCCACAGGGAUUCCUUAUGUCUUUGCUCCGUGCAUUGCAGUUUGUAGAGAUCCGAGGUGGGGUCGGUGUUAUGAAAGCUACAGUGAGGAUCACAAAAUUGUGGAAGAGAUGACUGAAAUUAUACUUGGUCUGCAAGGGGAUAUUCCUGCUAAUUCUUGGAAAGGAGUUCCAUAUGUUGGUGGAAAGAAAAAAGUUGCAGCUUGUGCGAAGCACUUUGUGGGUGAUGGUGGAACAACCAAGGGCAUCAAUGAGAACAACACAGUGAUUGACAAGCAUGGGUUGUUGAGCAUCCACAUGCCUGCUUAUUCUGAUUCAAUUAUCAAGGGUGUUUCAACAAUCAUGGUUUCCUACUCUAGUUGGAAUGGGGUUAAGAUGCAUGCAAACCGUGAGCUAAUUACUGGCUUCCUCAAGAAAACCCUCAAAUUUAAGGGUUUUAUUAUCUCAGAUUGGCAGGGCAUUGACAGGAUUACCUCACCACCAUAUGCGAACUACUCCUAUUCUGUUCAAGCUGCAAUUCAAGCUGGCAUUGACAUGGUUAUGGUCCCUUUCAACUAUACUGAGUUUAUUGAUGAUCUUACUGAUCUAGUCAAGAAAAAUGUCAUCCCUAUUGAUCGCAUUGAUGAUGCUGUGGGAAGGAUUUUGCUCGUCAAGUUCAGCAUGGGCCUGUUUGAAAACCCUUUGGCUGAUCUCAGCCUAGUCAAUGAGCUUGGAAGUCAGGGACAUAGAGACUUGGCAAGGGAAGCUGUAAGGAAAUCACUUGUGUUGCUGAAAAAUGGGAUAAAUGGAACUGAUCCAUUACUACCCCUCCCCAAGAAAGCUUCAAAGAUUUUAGUUGCAGGUACUCAUGCUGACAAUUUGGGCUACCAAUGUGGAGGGUGGACAAUUGCAUGGCAAGGAUUUAGUGGCAACAACUAUACAAGGGGAACAACCAUCCUUGCUGCCAUAAGAUCUAUAGUUGAUCCUAGUACAGAAGUUUUCUUCCAAGAGAAUCCUGAUAGCAAGUUUGUCAAGUCCAAUAACUUUGCUUAUGCUGUUGUUGUUGUUGGUGAGCCUCCUUAUGCUGAAACAGCAGGAGAUAGCAUGAACCUCACAAUGAUAGAUCCUGGUCCAAGUGUUAUCAGCAAUGUCUGUGAGGCUGUCAAGUGUGUUGUUGUCAUCAUCUCUGGUCGACCUAUUGUGAUUGAACCAUAUGUUUCCUUAGUUGAUGCCUUAGUUGCAGCAUGGUUGCCUGGCACCGAAGGCCAUGGGGUGACUGAUGUCCUUUAUGGAGACUAUAGAUUUAGUGGAAAACUUCCAAGAACAUGGUUUAAAAAUGUAAAUCAGCUACCAAUGAAUGUUGGGGAUUCACACUACGAUCCACUUUUCCCCUUUGGCUUUGGGCUGAAAACUGGGUCUGUUCCAGGUGUUGUGGGAAGGUCAACAUCAGCUGGUGUUGUUGGGAGGCCAUAUAUACCUUUUAUUGUGGUCCUUGUAACAUUCAAUUUGUAUUUCACAGGCAUAAUUUUUAACUUGAAUCACUCAUGAACAAGUAUCCUUAUUUUAGAUAAUUGAAUAGAUUGGUCUGUUUUUCCCGCACCUUGAAGAGAUGUUUACCCAUUUCCUUUCAAUCAAUGGAAUGUUGGCCAUGUUUAGCAGGCUACAAAAAAAUUAAUUCGA